UCCCGGCAGGCAUCCGUGUCAGCACACCCCCCGGGAGAGACGAGUGGCCACCGUCGACCGAUCUGGGGAACGCGCCACCCCGGCGAACAUCUCGAGGCUUCGGAAACUGCAGAAGAUGGAGGACCCCGUGCAGCUGAAGGAGGAAGGGAAUCGGUAUUUCCAAGCCAACGACUUUGAGAACGCGAUUAAAAGCUACACCAGAGCUCUUAAGGUUAACAAGGACAAACCACUCCAGGCUCUGCUGUAUCGAAACCGCGCAGCAUGUUUCCUGAAAAAGGAGAACUACCCCCAGGCGGCGGCAGACGCAUCGAGAGCAAUCGACAUCAACGCCUCGGACAUUAAGGCCUUGUACCGACGCAGCCAGGCCAUGGAGAAGCUGGGCAAGCUGGACCAGGCGUUCAGGGACAUCCAGCGGUGCGCCACGAUCGAGCCACGGAACAAAAGCUUCCAGGAGACCCUUCACCGUCUGGGAGCCAGCCUCCAGGAGAAGCUCCGCCUGCAGUUCUCCACCGAUGCCCGGGUUCAGCAAAUGUUUGAAAUCUUGUUGGAUGAGAAGAGUGAGAAAGAGAAGCGAGAGAAGGCGGCGAACAAUCUUAUCGUCCUCGGUCGGGAGGAAGCUGGAUCAGAGAGGAUCUUUCAAAAUAACGGACUUCACCUGCUUGUGAAGCUCAUAGAGACCAAAAACCCGGAGCUGAUGCUCGCGGCAGUUCGGACCCUUUCAGGGAUGUGUGCAGGACACAAGGCACGGGCCACUGCCAUUCUGCGCACGCUGGGCAUCAACAACAUUUGCCUCUGGAUGUCCAUCGACCACGAGGAGAUCUCGCUGGCCGUCUCCAACCUUCUGCAGGCCAUCAUCGACUCUUUGGCCGGGGAGGGCAAGAAGGAAGAGCACGGAAAGGAGGACGCCCUGGUGCUGGACACAAAGAAGGAUCUGAGGGGGAUCAUGGUUCACCUCCUAGAUAUGCUUCCUAAUAAAAAGGUGUCUGGACAAGGCCGGGAUCGGGCACUCAACUUACUGAAUAAGAAUGUGCCAAGGCAGGACCAGAGACAUCCUGACAACAGCCGCACCCUAUUUGUGAUUGAUAAUGGACUAAAAAAGAUCCUAAAAGUUGCUGGCGAGAUUCCAGACAUGCCCAACUGCCUCCCCUUGACGGAGAACUCCCAGUUGACAGCUUCAGUUCUUCUGAAUAAACUGUAUGAUGACUUGCGCUGUGACCCCGAGAGAGAAAAUUUCAGGCUGCAAUGUGAAGAAUACAUCAAGAGAAAGAUCGACCCGCAGGACAUGGACAAGACGCUGCACGCCAUCCAGAUGGUGUCGGCGAUCCUGCAGGGGCCCUUCGACUUGGGCAACCAGCUGCUGGGCAUGAAGGGCGUGAUGGAGAUGAUGGUGGCGCUCUGCGGCUCCGAGCGCGAGAUCGACCAGCUGGUGGCCGUGGAGGCGCUCAUCCACGCGUCCACCAAGCUGAGCCGCGCCACCUUCAUCAUCACCAACGGCAUCUCGCUGCUGAAGGAAAUCUACAAGAAGACCCAGAACGAGAAGAUCAAGAUACGUGCUCUGGUGGGUCUCUGCAAGCUUGGCUCGGCCGGCGGCACCGACUACGGCCUGAGGCAAUUUGCUGAAGGAUCUACCGAAAAGCUGGCCAGACAGUGCCGAAAGUGGCUUUGCAAUCCAGCCAUCGACACGCGCACUCGGAAAUGGGCCAUCGAGGGGCUUGCCUACUUGACCUUGGAUGCGGACGUCAAGGAUGACUUUGUGGAAGACGAGCCAGCCAUGCAAGCCAUGUUUGACCUGGCCAAGACGAGCGACAAGACCAUCUUGUACUCCGUGGCCUCCGUCCUGGUGAACUGCACCAACAGCUACGAUGUCAAGGAGAUCAUCCCGGAACUUGUGCAGCUGGCUAAGUUUUCGAAACAGCACGUCCCCGAGGAGCAUCCGAAAGACAAAAAGGACUUCGUUGUCAAGCGGGUGAAACGUCUGAUCAAAGCUGGCAUCGUCUCUGCGCUCGUUUGCAUGGUGAAGGCAGACAGUGCCAUUUUGACAGAUCAGACCAAAGAGCUCUUGGCCAGAGUUUUUCUUGCAUUGUGUGAAGAUUCCAAGGACCGUGGCACCAUUGUUGCUCAAGGGGGUGGAAAGGCCCUUAUCCCGCUGGCUCUGGAAGGCACCGAGGUUGGCAAAAUCAAAGCGUCCCACGCACUGGCCAAAAUUGCUGCCAUCUCCAAUCCAGACAUCGCAUUCCCCGGUGAGCGGGUGUACGAAGUUGUGCGGCCGCUGGUCAGCUUACUGAACACCGAGCGAGACGGGCUGCAGAACUACGAGGCUUUGCUGGGCCUCACCAACUUUUCCGGAAGAAGCGACAAGCUCCGGCUGAAGAUCAUCAAAGAGAAGGCCCUGCCAGACAUCGAGAACUACAUGUUUGAAAAGCACGACCAGCUCCGGCAGGCGGCCACGGAGUGCAUGUGUAACCUCGUCGUCAACAAGGAGGUUCAGGAGAGGUUUGUAGCGGAUGGGAAUGACAGGCUCAAGUUGGUCAUACUCCUGUGCGGGGAGGACGACGACAAAGUUCAGAACGCGGCCGCCGGCGCCCUGGCGAUGCUCACAGCUGCGCAGAAGAGGCUCUGCUUUAAGCUGACGGAAGUGACAACCCAGUGGCUGGAGAUCCUGCAGAGGCUGUGCCUUCACGACAGGCUGGACGUCCAGCACCGCGGGCUGGUCGUCGUUUAUAACCUGAUCCAGGCAGACAAAGAGCUGGCGAAGAAGCUGGUGGAGAGCGAGAUGCUGGAGAUCCUAACCAUCAUCGGCAAGCAGGCCGAUGACCCCAGGAGACAGCACGUCCUCAACGUGGCCCGCGACUGCCUCGUGAAGUGCAUGGAUUAUGGGCUGAUCAAACCCGUGUCGCAGCCUUAGGGAUGCAGAAGCCACAGAAGUCCAAGACGAUGAGGACUAGAGACAUUGUGUGUGUGUGUGUGAGGGCAAGGCAGGGUAGGGGGAGACUAUGUAUUGAAUGUGCUUUAAAAAAAAGUGUUUCCACAACUUUGAGAAUGGCACACCAUACACAGCCAUCCUGAGACACUACUUCUGUGAGGAAAGGCUCUUUCUGAAUUGCUGAUUCGUGGUCUUUGGAAACAGGAGUGGGAUCCAACAUCAUUUUAUUGAUCCAUUCUCUUCCUGCACUGUAGCCACAGCUGUCUGGGUGGUUAACAACAAUCCAGAAAAGCAUGAACAAAAAUACGGAUCACACCAAGUUUCGAUAUACAAAAUUCAGUGCGAUUUAAACAGCUAAAAACAAUUGCAAUAAAAAACCAGCUGUGUUAAAUACUAUGCAGUUCCUGAGAGCAGAAGGCACCCGUAACGUGGUGCCAAAAUAGAGUUGGUGCCAGGAGGAGCCACAGUGGGGAAAUCAUUCCAUAAUUGGGGGUCACCACUGGGAAGGCCCUCUCUGUUCCCGCCGCUGACGAGCCUUCCUGGGUGGUGGCUCUUGGAGGAAGACUUCAGAUGCCGAAGAGUCAGGUCAUCAGGUAUCAGGGUCCCAACCCAUGUAGGGCUUUGUAGGGUAAAUCCAGCAGGUUCAAAGCCGUGUGAAAUAUUUUUAUAGAAAGUACGUUUGAUUUUUAGAGGUUUAUGCACAUAUUAAGCUCACCAUCUAUGUAUUAUUUUUGGCUUGUCAAAGGGAAAAGCUGUUUUUUUUAUGUAGACUCACCGUUCCUCGACUGUAGUCACAGGCUGGUGGUUUAGUAAUAAAAGGGCACAUGGUUC